GUUGAUUGUUGACCAGUUGACCGCUCAGGUCGCGUAAUUAUCAUCAUCGAGGAAUAUUGACAAGCUUUAUAUAGUGACCGGUCUUGUUUCGGAGUUUCAAGGCUCUCUGGUUUUAUUUGGAGGAUUCGACAAACUUUAGGUGCUGUAAUUAAUAAGUUGACUCAGACAAAAUGCCACUUCGGCUGUCAACCCUGCUCCUCGCCCUCUGCUCAGCUACCACGGUCCUUUGCCAAGACGACCUGGGCGACCUCGGCUCCCUCAUCGACACCGUCUUCAAGCGACCGCCGACGGGCGGCGGGGAGCCCUCCCCGGCUCCCACCCCAGCUCCCACUUCGGCUCCCACCGCCGCCCCCGUCGACCUGCAGCCCAACAGCGGGUUGGUGGGAGGUGGAGGGGACUCGGGAGGCGGUAUUCCGGGCACGGGGGAUUGCACCUGCGUGGAGUAUUACCUGUGCAAUAACGGUACCAUCAAUACGAACGGUGAAGGGAUCAUCGAUAUUAGGAUAAACGACGGCCCGUGCGGCGGCAACUAUCUCCAAGUGUGCUGCGACCCCCUCGACGUGCGCACCGACCCCAUCACCCCCACGCCGCCCCCCCAACCCGCCCCCACCAAGUGCGGCUACCGCCAUCCGGACGGCGUCGGCUUCCGCAUCACCGGAGACAGGGAGAACGAGGCGCAGUUCGGGGAAUUCCCCUGGAUGGUGGCCAUCUUGCGCGAGGAGUCGGUGGAGGGCAACCCUGUCAAAUUGAACGUGUACCAGUGCGGGGGAGCGUUGAUACACCCUAGGGCAGUGCUGACAGCCGCCCAUUGCGUCAGCGGCAAGAAUAAGAGCUUCAAGAUAAGAGCUGGCGAAUGGGACACACAGCACACCCAGGAACUGUACCCUCACCAAGACAGGGAAGUGCAGUCCAUAUCCAUACACCCACAGUACUACGCUGGUGCUUUAUACAAUGACGUGGCAGUCCUGGUGCUGAAAACCCCCGUAAAUAUAGCCGAAAAUAUAGGUCUGAUCUGUUUGCCCCGACAAGACGACGUGAUCCAAAUGGGCAGAUGUUUCGCCACCGGCUGGGGCAAAGACGUGUUCGGCAAAAAGGGCAAGUACCAGGUGAUCCUGAAGAAGAUCGAUCUGCCGGUGGUGCCCAACCAGCAGUGCCAAGACAAGCUGCGCACCACCCGACUUGGCAGGUUCUUCGAGCUGCACAGGAGCUUCAUGUGCGCUGGCGGCGAAAAGGACAAGGACACGUGCAAGGGGGACGGCGGCAGCCCCCUGGUGUGCCCCACCGGUACCACCGACAGGUACUUCCAGGCAGGAAUCGUCGCCUGGGGCAUCGGAUGCGGGGAGAACCAGACCCCAGGGGUGUACGUCAACGUGGCCAGGUUCAGGGACUUUAUUGACGAGCAGAUGCGAAUCUACGGUUUGGACACGGAAGUUUACCAAAUCUGAUGAUGGCACUUUUUUUAUUUCGAUUUUUAUAUGGAACGAUGUGAACACGAGCUUUUUCAAUAGACAUUUGUUGGUUCCUGAUUUUUUGUAAUUCCAAGCUCACAAAAACUAGUUAAAAACGUCUAUGGGACGGCUUCCAAAUCUAACAUUGAAAAAUUGAACAACCUUUAUAACAGAAUAAUACGCCAGUAACAACUCGACUGUCAGAAAUUCACUACUACUAUGAACUUCGUUGUUGUUAAUAUUUUUGCGGCUAUUCACUAUUGUAUGUUUACUAUUCGGUGUUUCAGUAACUCAUUCAAUAUAAUAAAUGUAAAGCAGACUAUUUUGUGAAUAAAUAUGGCAGUGUCAAAUUUGUGAAAGAAUUUGUUACAAAUAUCCUAACCUGGUAUUUUACAAGUACGUAGAAAUUGUGUCAAUGCAGUAAUACGGUCUUGUUCGAUGGCUUGCUUUCGUUGACCUCCUCUCCCUGUUUUCCCUAGGUACGCGCGAUGGUCCACCAACUUUAUAGGAAUUUCCUUUUGUGCUCUCCAAGAGAUAAAAAAAGACGUUACAAAAUGACGUAUCAUUAUGCGUGAGAAUUGCACAUAGACUCAACUAUAGAAUUUCCGAUUCAUUAUACAGGGUGUUCCUU